CCUGGGGCGGGGGUGUUCCUAGGGGGCAGCGCCUUUCGCGCGGGAUGGAGCGGCGCUUCGCGGGUUGCAGCGCGCCGGGGGGAUGUGCUCGGUGCGGGACGGCGCUGCGGCAGGAAGAUUGUGUGUUGUCCUGAAAAGACCACAAGUUUAAUCUCAAAUCCUGUGCACCUACAACCUUGAGAAUUAGCAAGAAACAAGGACCAUUUGGUUAAGUAUUUCCUGCAACCUCCUUUCUCAUCAAUGAGAAAUUUAGAUUGGAAGGGAACUCUGGUGGUCAUCUGGUACAACCUCCUGCUCAAAGCACUUUCAAUUAGAUCAGGUCCUUUUCUGCAGAGCUGACCCCAGCCUGUACUGCUGCGUGGCGUUAUUCCCUCCCAGAUGCAAGACUUUGCCUUUUCACCGGUAUAUAUUUGUUCAUGUGCAAGAUGUCUGCCCUGAGGCUGAUUUCUAACAGAACCUCCCAGCAGGCCUUGUCAAACUCUGAUUACACCUGGGAGUACGAGUACUAUGAGUACGGACCAGUGUCAUUUGAAGGCCUGAAAGCUCAUAAAUAUUCCAUUGUGAUUGGAUUUUGGGUUGGUCUUGCUGUUUUUGUCAUCUUUAUGUUUUUUGUCCUGACUCUGCUGACGAAGACAGGAGCACCACAUCAAGAUAACGCAGAACCUUCUGAAAAAAGAUUUCGCAUGAAUAGCUUUGUGGCAGAUUUUGGAAGACCUCUAGAUUCGGAGAGGGUCUUUUCUCGUCAAAUGGCUGAAGAAUCCCGGUCACUUUUCCAUUUCUGUAUUAAUGAAGUGGAACGUUUGGACAAAGCAAAGCAAAGUCACAAAGGUUCAGGUCUGGAGAGUAAUAUCCACUUUGAGGAAGUUCCCAGGAGCAGCGGAAUGUUUGAGGAGGACCUAAAUUGUCUUACAAAAUUUAACAUUCCAAACUGCGUGAACACUGAGCAGAACUCUUCACUAGGUGAGGAUGAUCUCCUCAUCUCAGAGCCACCAAUCAUUUUAGAAAGCAAAUCGGUCAUACAGUCUUCCUGUCGGAUCCUUGACUAAAAUAGACUUACGUUAAGGUAAAGGGUCUUGUUAUUGUUGAGUUUGAAGGCUUUCUUGGCCCGCGGGUAUUUUGAUAAGAAGGCAUUGCAGACCUAUGCUUUUUAUUGGAUGUAAGACUGGCUGUGCUGACAGAACUCAGUUUAGACAAGAGAUAUAACACUGAAUACUUUAUUCUGAUGCCUUUUGUGGUCUAAACCAUUUGUCCGGUGUUAUUUUUGCUUUCUGAUCUUUUUUGUUGUUGUUCUUUGUUUUUUAAAUGACUGUUUAUGUCUGGUUUCUGCAAGAUACUGUAGUAAUUAGUGGGGACUGUAAAAGCUGGAGCCUGGCAUUUGGAGGUGUAUGAAAAACUCCUUGGCCAAGAGAAGUGUAAACUUAAGACUGAAGCAAGGAAUAAGCAGGCAGCUCCUGGGGAGAUUCUGCAGCUUCUGCCACUCCCCAAAAGGACACCUGAAACUGAGCAGCACAACGGAUGUCUGCUUGGCAUAAACUUCAGUUUCAUUCCUGACUGCUUUUUGGUGCAGGUUAAAGCCAAUUUACAAAGCUUCCAGAGGGAAUACCUUGCAUAUUAAAUUGUUUGGUUACAGUGUUUACAAAAUGCUACCACCACCUGUGACAUUCUGCCUGCUGCUCAGUGAUGACCUGGAAUUACUAUUCCACACAAAAACAGUAAUUAAUUUUUUUGAUUUUUUUUUUUUUUUAAAUUGCUGAUGCAAACUUCCAGUUUGGUAAGUGCAGGAAUCAGCAGCUAAAUCACAGGAAAUCACGCAAAACCUAUUUUUCUUUUGCUAAUAGAGUUGCUAUACGCAAAUAGAGGUGGCAUGUUAAGCUGAUAUUAACUUUGCUUAUAGGCUGAUUCUUCCUAUGCUUUUUGGCUCUAUAAAGAGCCCUUUUUUGACCGGUGAGCCAGUGGGGGGCUACCAGGCUCAGAGGGGCUGAGAGGGCAGCUCCAUAAGCGUAACUGAGCUGCACUUUCUCUAUCUUUAUAUUCGUACUUGGCUGGGAUGGCGUUGCAACCACAGGUGUUCUCGCAGAGAGAGGCUUAUUAAGGAAUAGAAUAGAUGUAAUUUUAGCCUUUAAGUGUGUUUUUUAGAGAAGGAAUAAGGUUCUGAGCCUUAGCCAGUACUUAAAUUACACUUAAGCAUUCUUAAAGAGAUGCUUACUAAUAGCCAAAGGGUUUUAGAGCAAGCACAUAGGAUACAGAGGAACCAGGUUGAAAUCUAAUGCUGGAUUUGGAUUAAGAGUGCUCUGCAGGAAGUUCUUAACUGAAAUGAAACUAAUGGAUUCAAGAUCUUGUGCCUGACUUGAGUUUUCUUGAAACUAGCCUGCUUUGUACACAACAUAUUUGCGUCAGAGUUAAAACUUAGAAUUGGCCUGCUGAUAUAUUCUACAGGCACUUAAGUGCUAAUGAACUCAUUCAUCCUUUGCCUGAUAAGAAGGAAAAAAGGUGAAUGGGUUGAGCAUUUAAAGAAUACAAGGAGUGGGAUAAACCUCAUUUUCAUUUCCUGUGCCCGUAUUACAAACAACUUACACCUAGAUUUCCUGUUUUCAAAUGUAAUUCUUGCACUAGUUCCCAGUAUUUAAAGUAAUGGGAUUAUACUUAAAGCAAGGCAGAGGCUGUUUAAAAGUAGCAGAUUAUUGUUCAAAACAAUUCCCAAGAGAAGACUGAAGUGAACCCUGUUAUAAAUGAGCAUGGCUGCAUGUGUUGCAGUGCCUCCAGUAUGCUGCGAGAGAUGCAGAAAAGGCCUCCGUAUGAAGGCGGUAUCUGUGGACUUCCCAUUUCUCUUCCCAAAUUAAGAAAUUUGGGAAAUCUGCCUUUUGAACGUGACCGCCACUUCCUGCUGAGGCACCGUAAACAACUCUUGCUAUCUGAUGGUUAAGUUUUGUCUGAUCUUGAAACUUAACAUUGUUCUUGCUCACAAGCUCUGGGGCUUCUGCUAUAGCCCAUUUCUCUAUGAAUGAGCUGUCUUUGGUGAUAUUCGAUCUAAUAUUUUAUUAUGUUUUUCCUUUGCCGUACUUCAAAACUGAAAUGCUGCUUGUAAACGAGGGAGAAAUCUCUGUAGAAUCUGUCUCCUCUACAGUCAAGAAAUGAAGAUUAUUUUUAAAGCAUUUAAAAACAGGUUUCAAAAUAAUGCAGGCCUGGCUUUAGAAAAAGCCUGCUAUUCCCAGAGGAUGAGCCUAAGCUUUACUUCUGCUACCUUAAAUCUGUGUGGCUGUUGUUUGGGUGCAUAACUGCUGUACGGGGCAGAGAGAAGCGUUAAUGUGUAUGGAUGCUGAUGACAUAUAACACCCAGGUGAAAGGUAUAUAAUAGAAUAAUCACGGGAAGAUACCAACUUAACUUAUAACGCAUUGGAAUUGUAUUCUUAGUGCCCUUCUGAAGCAUGUGAAAGUAUUUAAGUGUUCAGUUCCUGCUUCUGUUCUUCCCCAGUGGUUCUACUUUUUCCAUUUUAUCUCCCUUCUAUCUUUGAAGGCUUUCAUGCUACUUUGUUACAGAACUGUAAGGUGGCGGAGCCAACUGCAUGGCUUCCCCUGACCUCAGAAGCGCUGUGGCAACUAUACAGUCUGAUUCAGAUUUUUCCUCUGCCUUUGCAUUAGAGCAAAGGCAAAUCUGAAACUGUGCAAUCUUCAAAAGCAGUUAUUUUAAAGCUGUUCUUUGUUUCUUUUUUCUUUUUGAGGACUAAUAGGCAUGAUAGAGGAUUGGUAAAAUAAACAGCUUUGUAUAACACAUUUUAAAAAAAUUCAUCUUUUCUCAGAAAACAAACGUGAGUUGGUUCACUGUGAAGUAAAUAGAAAGUAUUUUAACCAGGGUAACACUUCAAAACAAACAUUUGGAAUUUAACAGUGCAAGUUUUCUUACUGCUUGGGCUGUUUUAAGAGCCCCUUCUCAAAACUCACUAUAAGUGCAUCUCCGGUGCUAGGUUUUAACUUUUAACUGUAGUUCCUGUAAGAUAACUACAUAUCUUUCUUUCUGUAAACAUACAUUGUAUUCUGUAAGAACUUACUAGGUCAAGCUAUGUAUUCCAGUUUUCAAAGGUGAAUAUUUGUGAAAUGUUCUUCUGUGUAACCAAGUUUUAGCUUUGACCUUUUUUUGACCCUUUUUUUUCCUUAAAAAAAACCCCAUCACCCUGCUGUGUAAAAUCAGAAAAUGCCUGCUUAUAAAGGAAAGAAAGGGAAAGGUAAACCAAUGAACUUCUCUACUAAAAUCCAUUGAUGUCUGGUCUCUGAGGCUAAAAGGUGAAAUGAUGUGUAUUUGUCAUGCAGUUUACUAUUUAUGCACUUCAGCUCUAGAUCUUGAAUACUUAAAUACCGGUGGGUUUUGCCGCUCUGAUUAAAGUAACCCCACAAAACCCUUCACCAAGCCACUGGCAAAGGAGGAAUUCAAGUGUGCUUUUCCCCUUCCACUCUGCCUUAUCCUUCUGUCAGUGAAAGAUGACAAAGCUAAAUAAAUCAGCUGGAGAUGCUGCAGUUGACUGGACUUACUUGAUAGCCACAGGUAUUGACGUGUCAAAAAGAGAGCACAGAGCCAGAGCCAUUUAUCACGUGUUCUCCAAUAACAGCAAGAGUUGUGGUUUCUUAUUUGCGGACAUGAGCUAUGUAGUUAGUUCUGUGAAAGGCUAAAUGUUACGGUUCAAAAUUAUCAGAGGACCUUCUGUUCCAGAGUCAGGGCAGCACUUGAUGCAUGGCUCCCCUUUCCCUGCAGAACUGGAUUUGCACAGCUAGUGCCACUAUACAGAUCUGUUUUCUUUCUUUUUACCAACACAGAAAAAUACUGGAUAUAGUGGCAGACUUCAAAAUGUAUUAUGUACUAACAAAUAAAGUCUUCAUCCAUUAUAACCUAUUUAAUUUGUUACAUGAACAAUUUUGACGUGUAUGUCAGAAAACUUGAAAUAGAACACACUGCUUAUGUCUCUCCCACAAAUGCCAUGAUGAGAGCUGAUAUUCUUCUGCACGCCCUGUUGCCCUCUCUUGAAGCAAAUGUCUUCUCUGUAAUCUGGGUUGCUGAGUCACCCA